AUAUUAUUCGUCAGCAGUAUUAUCCUUACUCAGCUAGAGCGCGCAGUGUUCCACAUUUUGAAUUGAAUUUUAAAAUUAGAACGUAAAUCGCGUCAUAAAGUUAUAGUAUUUUAAAUUACUGUGAAAUCUAAAAGCCAUAAUGGCCUUCCUCCAAGGACCUUCCCCGAAGCAAGAAGAAAUGAUUAGACAAGAGCUGAACGAAAUGCCCGGAGAUGUGGAGAGAGGAAUAAGAGACCUUCGCAGCAUGUGCGCUGCCAACCCUUACCUGCCAAAUCCGGAAUCCUUAGACUCACGCUUGCUGCUGCUUUUUCUGCGAGGCUGCCGAAUGGACUUCGAGCGGGCUAGGAAGAAGUUGGAAACGUUUUGCUACUCUCGGUCGCGAUACAGAGACCUAUUCGAACAUCGCUCGCUCAUAGAACCUCCUCUGAAUGACGUGUGCAAAUUUUUAGACAUAGUGCCCCUGCCGAAGGUGACGGACGAGGGCUUGCGCGUCACAAUCUUCCGGAUGCGCCCCAACUACCCGGAGAGCUCGUCUGACAUCGCGGCGACAGCGCGCGCUAUUCUGCUAAUCAGCGACGCGCGGAUGCACGACGAGACGCUCAUCGCUGGAGACGCCUUUGUGUGGGAGUGCACCCACGUGCGCGCGUCGCUAGCUACGCGCGUCGCCAUGGCGGCAGGCGCCGUGCGGCGCAGCAUCCAUCUCGCGCAGGCCGCAUACCCCCAGCGCAUGCGCCGCAUACACGUGGUGGGCGCGCCCGCGCUCAUCGCCUCCUCCAUCAACCUCAUGCGCUCCUGCGUCAACGAGAAGAUCAGGAAACGGUAUUACUUGCAUUCGAAAACGGAAGAGCUAUUGGAUCACUUCCCGUCGAGAGUGCUGCCAGUGGAAUGGGGCGGUGACGAAGAGUCCAUAGACGUUCUCGCGAAGAAGUGGCGUCGUCGUGUUGAGGAGUUACGUGAAUACCUGAGGAAUCUGAACGAGUUGUGUGACGUCACGCCCGGUGACGUGUACCAUGACGACAUCUAUGGCGCGGUCGGCUGCUUCAGAAAACUCGACAUCGACUAGUGAGCGACGCAAGUUGGAACAAUUUAAGGAUAUUAACGAAUGCCACAAAGCUAUCCAUUUGCAUCCACCAUAUCGUCCUUGGCUUUUUUUUUAUAAACCCUUGAGCUCCUGUAAUGCAGCUUGCAGAAACCGACCCAGCUAAUGUGAAGCCUAUAACA